UAGCGCGCUUCAUGUGAGGCUCAGUGUUAUUGUGCUAUUGUCCAGCAGCAGAAAACAGGAGCCCCUUCUGUCCCCAAUGGAUCGAGCCUCCAAACGCAGGCAGGUGAAGCCCCUGGCUGCCUCUCUCCUGGAUGUUCUGGAUUAUGACAGCUCAGAUGACAGUGAUUUUGAAGUAGAAGAUGCAGAUGCUUCAGGGUCAGAGGGCGCAGGGAACGGCAGUGAAGACGAUGACUCUAAAGACAGUGACGAGGGUGAGGACAGCGACUCGGAUGCAGUCGGUUCUGCAGACGAGGAGGCUGUGAACGUAGAAGAGACCAAUGUUUUAAAAGAAGACCCACAGGAAGAAGAGAAAUCCAAGGACCAGCCAUCCUCAGAGGAAGCCAGCAGCAAAGAAACAUCUGGAAACUCCAAAAGUCGCAAGAAAGCUGAGAAGCCCUCGGAUGCGGAGCCUAACGGCAGCGGCGCGGUUGAUGAAGGUGCCAAAAAGUGGAACCUGAGGAGAAACCGGCCCAUGCUGGACUUCACCACCAUGGAGCACCUGAACGUGAUGGACGAUUACGACAGCGAGGACGAUAACGACUGGAGGCCCACGUCGGGGAAGAAGAAGAACAAAGCUGGCGGGAAGGAGAAAGCUGGGAGCGACGACGAUGGAGGUGAGGACGAGGGAAGCGAGGUCGACGAUGACCAUGAUGAUGAUGAUGAUGACGACGACGACGACGAUGAUGUCGAUGAUGAUGAUGAUGAUGAUGAUGAGGGCAACGAGGAUGACGAUGCAGAGAGCAGCAGCAGUAGUGACAGCGAGGUGGCUGUUAACAAAUCAAAGAAGAAACCCAGCAAGAGCGCCACGUUCGAUGAGGAGGAGACCAACGACAGCCACAGUACUUCACAGGGAAAAGGAAACGAGGACUGUCUGGUGGAACGAUCACAGGUGUGGAGUUUUCAGAGGAUGGAGCACAUCCUGAUCUGCUGCGUGUGUUUAGGAGACAACAGCGAGGAUUCGGACGAGAUCAUCCAGUGCGACAACUGCGGCGUCACGGUACACGAAGGUUGCUAUGGGGUUGAUGGUGAGAGCGACUCCAUCAUGAGUUCGGCCUCGGAGAACUCCACCGAGCCGUGGUUCUGCGACGCCUGUAAGAACGGAGUCAUGCCCAGCUGUGAGCUCUGCCCCAAUCAGGACGGGAUAUUCAAAGAGACGGAUGCUGGAAGGUGGGUGCACGUCGUGUGUGCGCUUUAUGUUCCCGGCGUGGCGUUCGGCGACAUCGACAAACUGCGGCCUGUAACGCUCACAGAAAUGAACUACACUAAAUACGGCGCAAAGGAGUGCAGCCUGUGUGAGGACGCCCGCUUCGCCCGUACAGGCGUGUGUAUCAGCUGUGAUGCUGGCAUGUGCCGUUCAUACUUCCACGUCACGUGUGCUCAGCGGGAGGGGCUUCUGUCUGAGGCUGCUGCAGAAGAGGACAUAGCCGACCCGUUCUUUGCCUACUGCAAGCAGCACGCUGACCGCUUCGACAGGAAGUGGAAGAGGAAAAACUACCUGGCGCUUCAGUCCUACUGCAAAGUGUCUCUGCAUGAGCGAGAGAAGCAGCUCACUGCUGACGCUCAGCAGUCGAGAAUAACCGCGCGGCUGGAGCAGUACCGGGCGAAGGCCGAAAUAUCCCGGAACACCCGUCCUCAGGCGUGGGUACCACGUGAAAAGCUACCGCGCCCUCUCACCUCCAGCGCCUCGGCGGUGCGGAAGCUGCUACGUAAAGCUGAGCUCAUGGGUAUCAGUACGGACGUGUUCGCCACCGAUACGGCCGAUGCCAGCGCCAGCCUGGACGGGCGUCGCAAGCACAAGCAGCCCGCGCUCACCGCCGAUUUUGUCAACUACUACCUCGAGCGGAACAUGAGGAUGAUCCAGAUCCAGGACAACAUCAUGGAGCAGAAGAACCUGAAAGACAAGCUGGAGAACGAGCAGGAGAAGCUGCACAUAGAGUACAACAAGCUGUGUGAGUCUCUGGAGGACCUGCAGAAUGUCAACGGCCUGCUGAGGAGCGAAGGCCAGUCCAUAUGGACCGUGAUGGGAGACAUCGUCGGACAGAAACUGAUUGGACCGGGUGUUCUGAAAGCACCUAAAGAAAGAAAACCAAGCAAGAAAGAAGGUGGAAGUCCAGGAAAGUUCUCCAAUCUGCCAACAGUCCUGUACAGUUGUGGGAUCUGUAAGAGGAACCAGGACCAGCAUCUCCUGCUACUGUGUGACACCUGCAAGCUUCAUUAUCACCUGGGAUGCCUGGAUCCACCUCUCACCCGCAUGCCCAAGAAAACCAAGAACAGCUACUGGCAAUGCUCAGAGUGUGACCAGGCCAGCAGCGACGAAGCUGACAUCGCCAUGGAGACGCUUCCCGACGGCACCAAGAGGUCAAGGAGGCAGAUCAAGGGUCCGAUCAAGUUCAUCCCUCAGGAAAUGUCACCGGAGCCUAAAAAAUCUCAAAGAACCCGAGGUCAGAAGAGGAAACGAGGCUCCAUCUGCGAGGACGACAAGAUAGAGGAACCAGCACCACGGGAACGCCGACAGCGCCAGUUGGUGCUGCAGAAAAAGCCGAAAGCCGACGACGCCAGGACGGAGUGUACCACCUGCAAAGGCCCCGGCGACAACGAGAACUUAGUAAGGUGUGAUGAGUGUCGGCUGUGUUACCAUUUCGGGUGCCUGGACCCUCCCUUGAAGAAGUCGCCUAAGCAGACAGGGUAUGGUUGGAUCUGUCAGGAAUGUGACACCUCCUCAUCGAAGGAGGAAGAUGAAGUACGCUGGGCCGAAGGAGCUGAGGGUGUAAACGAGGAGACGACUGAGCCAGAGAUCCAAAACUAAAAAUACCUCACUUUGAAACCGAGCGUUCUGUUCACACAGUCCGUGCUGUCGCCUCGGAUUCAGUAGUAAAAGAUGAAAACUGUGUUUAUUGAAUGCUGUAAUGUGAACGCAUUAUAAAUGCAUUAAUACACAGUUAGGAAGCAUACAGUACAUCACCACUUAUAAAGCUUAUUAUUAGCCAGAUCAACGUUCGGAAAUACUCUAUCUGUACCGCCACUUUUAUGCCACUUGUGUCAGUCUCGCUCUUCUCCAUCGGUGCGGGGGUCAGCUCCAGUGGAGAGGAAGCAUAACGCAAUUGGACGUGCUAAAAAAUCUAAAGAAAAAGCAUGCAUUUAAAAAGUAUGGCUUUAAUGACGGGUGGUGAACGUGAUACUAGCGGCAUUAAGAUGACAAGACCGACUGUGCCCAUGGAAUGGUCUCUGGGUCUCUUGUCUAAAUCAGAAAGAACACCCAAUGGGAAAUUUGUCCGGAUAGUCAGAUAUAAUCCGGGUUCGAAUCUGAACAGUGGUGGGCCACCAUAACAGACCGCUGUAUGACCCGAGCGUCAGACAGAAAUCAUUGUGACCAUUACAAAUACAGGUUGUCAGGUAAACCUUCAGCUUUAACUGUAUAUGCAUUAUUUCAGGUAUUAUAAUUAGUUUGGGGAGGAAUAAGUUUUUUAAUUACUCUUUGCUCGAGCGUGAGAUCAAAGCAAACACUAUUUUUACACUUGUACAGGAUUCUAUAUAAAUACAUAUGAAAUGGUGCGUCCCCGACCACAUGGGCUCAGAUUUUGCAGGUUGAUAUAUAUUUUUUGUCUGACUGUGGUGCGGAACUACAGACGCUUUACCUGCCUCGACUUUACACAGAGUCUGUAUUUAUGUACUUUGUAAAUGUGCCAUUUCUAAUAAACUUUCCU